ACAAUACGAUGUUGUUUGAGGUAUCAUUCUCGACUUUGAAGUUCCUCGCCGAGCGCGAUCCGAUCUUGGCGGUCGUAUAUGAUACCACUAAUACACUUUCCCCUUCAGAAGUCGUAUUGCACAAGAGUUGGGACGGCAUCGCGGAUACAGUAGCUACCACAGCCAGUCGCCCAGGGUCAGAGUUUGCCAUCGGUAUUGUGUACACGUCAAACGACACAGAAGCAAGCAAGAAAGCACACGAGCUAGCAUCCAAGUUCCUAGACACGCACGCAACAGUUUUUGUAGGUAGUAAUUGUGAUGCGUCUGACGAAAAGGUUGUUAAUUGGAUUGACACACCCGAACUUGAUAGUAUAGUGGAUCAGACUGGCAGUAGCAACGAGACUGGUGACAUACUAAUCGAUACACGUCGACGUGAUGAACUGAAUAAUUUCGGACAAGUUCGUAAUGCAAAAAACAUUCCAGUAGAAGAAAUAUGUGAUGCCUUGGCCUUACAUGAAGGGGCUUUCGAGCGUAAGUAUGGGUUCCCACUGCCGGGAAAAUCUACCACCGUUGUAACCUACUGCAGGACUAAUCGUCGAGCCCAUUUCUGCACAUUAUUGCUGAAAGAUUUAGGCUUUACAAAUGUGAAGACCUACAAGGAAGGUGUGGUAGGUUGGGCUAAAACACACAAAGCAGAGGUCGCAGGUGCCCGAGGUUAUGACGCAUAUGAGCUGCACGAGCCUGUGCCACAAGCACACGCCAAUUGAACGUGCAGGUGCUGCACAUACUAUAGUUGGAUGUACCAACGUGUACGAAUAAAUAGUAAAACCAGA